CAAGCCUCGCCGCCUUUGUCAAUAUUUUUGGCGGGAAAAUUUCCAUAUAAAUCCACCAAAUCUUUUCCCGAUCAUCCCCAAUUCAUGACAACUCUCUCAAACUUCACCUCGAAACCCUAGCAAUGGAAGAUGCGCAAGACGAUCGAGAGCAACAACGAGGAGCGGGAGGAGGAGGACAGGAAGCAGAAGAAGAAGAAGAAGAAGAAGAAGAAGAAGAGGAAGAGGAGGAGGCUGGAACGCUAAGCCCGUCUUUCCCGAUGGGGAGGGUGAAGAAGAUAAUGAAGUUAGAUCGAGAGAUCAACAAGGUGAACUCGGAGGCUCUCCUCCUCAUCUCUCUUUCUGCCGAACUCUUCCUCGCAUCCCUUUCUGCUGGCGCACGCCACGCGGUCCUACAGAAGAAGCGGCGGAUCAUCAAGCUCGACCACAUCCGCUCCGCCGCCCGCGCCCACCGGCCCACCGCCGCCUUCCUCCUCGAUUGCCUUCCCAAGCCUCCUCCGCCCCCGAAAGCAGUGUCGCCUACCUUAAAAGCCAGAUCCGCCGAUGAGAAGCCCCUCCCUCCCGGCGCCCGCCGCAUCGAUGAUUUCUUCCGGAAGCCCUCGGCGGAUACUCAGUGAUCUCAAUCGGUGGUACGCCUCGCUGCCCCCCUUUGCGUUUUCAGAUCACGUGGCCGGUGCCGUUUAGUAAUCGUCAGAGGGUAAAUGAGUAACCGAUCGGUUUGAUUGCUAUCUAUUAUUGCAUCGAAAGCUUACGAUUUAAUAUCUCAAAACAUCAAUUUCUUUGAUGAUUAUAUAAUUGUUGCUGCCAUAUUUCCUGCUAAAUGAUAUAAAGUUCUUUAGAGAUUUUGGCUUUUAA